UGGAAGCACACUAUCAAUGAGACACAAGACCACGGUGUCUAGCAGGUGCCGAAGAUGCCGCCGCCUCCUCCGUCCCAGCUGAUCCCCAAGGAUCGCUUUGGCUACUUGUUUGGUAGACUGAGAACACAGAGCUAUACCGAUCCCAAUGCGCGUGGACCUGGUUCGCACAGUAUUCGCACUCUGGCAUGGAAUCCUACCGGCCUUCUCAUCGCGACAGGUUCUGCCGACCGAACACUACGAAUAUGGAACCCAGAGCGCCCCGAUGUGAGGUAUUCGACUGAGCUACGCGGGCAUACCUCUGGCAUUGAGCAGGUUGCUUUUAACCCCGUCAAGGAAUCCGAGCUAGCGAGCUGCUCAACCGAUGGAACCGUCCGUUUCUGGGACGUGCGAUCCAAGAACUGCGUGAACCGCAUCGAUGUUGGCGGAGAAGCAUUCACUCUCUCCUGGUCCGCUGAUGGCAGCGUGCUCCUCGCAGGAAGAAUGGACGACACUCUCGUACCCAUCUCUGUCGACUCUUCCUCCACACCUACAACCACCACUGAACCCUCCAAAUCGGGUACAACAGCGGCUCCCUACAAAUCCCUUUCGCCUCAUAAACAACCUGUCCGCACCAACGGCACCGCAUUCUCCUACUCACCCUCGAACCCGGACCUCUUCCUCACCACCGGCGACGGCACCGUUCAAAUCGUAUCCUACCCCUCCUUCCACCCACUUCACACCCUCAACGCCCACACCGCCUCCUGUCACUGCGUCUCCCUCUCCCCAACAGCCCGCUACCUCGCAAUUGGCGGUGGAGACUCUCUAAUCUCCCUUUGGGACACCACUGACUGGAUCUGCAAGCGCACUGUGACGACUUCCGGCGGAGGCGGAGUGCGCGGCGUAAGCUGGAGCUGGGACGGGCGAUUCAUUGUAGGCGCGUGCGAUGAGCCGGAUUGCGGCGGUGUUGGGUUAGAGAUUUUCCAUGCGGAGACCGGGGAGAGUGUGUUUACGAUUCCGGUUGAUGGGUCGCAUGUUGUUCCCGCUGUGGCGUGGCAUCCGUCGAGGUAUUGGUUGGCGUAUUCCAUUUAUGCAGAUGCGAUGGGCCCGAGUAGUAACGGGUUGAGAAUUGUGGGUGCUGGUGGUGGUGGAUUGUGA